AUGAAAUUCGAAUUACUACCGAAUGAAAUUUUUAUUGAAAUCUUUGAAUAUCUUAGUACAUAUGAUAUUUUUUAUUCAUUUAAUCGAUUAAAUAAUCAUUUUAAUCAAAUUAUUGGAAGUAUUCCAUUACAUUUAAAAUUUACUAAUAUUCAAAAACCAUUAUUUGAUAAAUUUUGUCAACUUUUAUUAUCAAAUCCUGAAUUUAAAAAUCAAAUUUAUACAUUAGAAUUAUCAAAUAAAGAAACACCUGAUCAAAUAAAAACAUUCAUAUCAUUUUUUUCAUUUCAUGAUUUUCAUUAUCUUCAUUCAUUAACAUUAAUUCAAAUAUCUGAUAAUCUUUUUCAACAUAUAAAAUUUAUAUUACCACAAUUACAUUCAUUUCAUUUAAUUGAUUCAAAUGAUAUUUAUUUAACUAAUUCAUUAAUAUCUCAUUUACAAAUUUUAACAAUUCCAACAUUAUCAUCAAUUGAUAAAUUAUCAUCAUCAUCAUCAAUUACAAAUCUUACUAUAUCUGGUUGUUCACUUGAUCAAUUAUUUUCUUAUGUAUUCAAAUAUGUACCAAUGUUAAAUCAUCUUACUAUUGAAUAUUUUUCCAAUUAUUAUAGUUGGGAAAAAAAUUCUUUCGAUAAUCAUGAAUACAAAGCUAUUCAUUUGAAAGAAUUAAAUAUAUUUAAUUCUGAAUAUAAAUUUCAAGAUAUUCAAAACUUACUAAAAUCUACACCAAAUUUAAUAAAUUUGAAAAUAUGUGGAACAUGUGAUUUAGAUAUGAUUGAUGGAAAUCAAUGGGAAAAUUUCAUAAGAUCUUCAUUAGUUUAUUUAACUAAAUUUCAAUUUAUUUUUAAAUACAUAUUUAAAACAAGUAUUGAUCAUAUUUAUGAUAAAUUAAAUCAAUUUCAAAAUAAUUUUUGGAUAAAACAACAUCAAUGGUAUUCAGAAUAUUCUCUAUCAACAUCUUCUGUAAUAAUCUAUACAAUACCAUAUAUAUUAAAUUAUUAUAAAUUAGAAGUCGAUUCAAAAAAGUAUUCAAAUCAAUUUUUAAAUACAUUUGAUAAUGUUAAACAUUUAAUAUUAUAUCAUAAAGUAAAUAGAGAAUCAUAUGAAUAUUAUUUUACGAAUAUUAAAUCAUUAAUAAUUAUACCACCGGAAAAUAAUUCUUCUUUGUUAUUUAAUAUGGAAAUUUUUAGAUCAUUAAAAUUAAUGAUUAAUUUAUCGAAUAUAGAACAUUUAGGAAUAUCAUUUAAUUUUCAAAUUGAAAAUUCACGUGUAUUAUUAGAAAUUUUACAAUCAUUACCAAAACUAUCAUCAUUAAUGAUUAAUUUUCGUAAUUUUAUACGUUUUACAUCGAAUAAAGAAUUAUGUGAAUAUUUAAAUAAAACGAUUAAGAAAUUAGAUAUUUAUAAAUAUUAUUCACUUACUUUUAAAUAUUAUUAUGAAAAGACAGAUUUGUGUCAAAUAUUUUCGAAUAUUGAACAAUUUAAAUGUAAUAUUGAUGAAAUACAUGAUUUAUUAUAUUUAUUAAAACAUUUACCAAAAUUAACAAAAUUAAACGCAUAUUUCCGUAAAAUAAAGGAUUAUGAUCGUUUUCGUUGUUGGUUUAAAGAUCAAACAAAAAAAUUAAAUCUUCCAUUUGAUAUUAAAUGUAUAGACACAUAUGAAAGUGAAGUAUCGGUUUGGAUUAAUAGAGAAAUAUAA